GGGCGGGUUGGGCGGGCGGGGGGGGUUUCUUCAGGGGCUUCUUGUUGGGCGCGGAUCGCUGUGGGCUCCGCGCGGCCAUGGAGGCGGACGGGAGCCAGGCUACCUCGGGGAGCCCCGGCGAGGCGCAGCACGACCCCGGCAAGAUGUUCAUCGGCGGCCUAAGCUGGCAAACCUCACCAGACAGCCUUAGAGACUAUUUUAGCAAAUUCGGAGAAAUUAGAGAGUGUAUGGUCAUGCGGGACCCCACCACCAAGCGCUCCAGAGGCUUCGGGUUCGUUACGUUCGCGGAUCCGGCGAGUGUAGACAAAGUCUUGGCUCAGCCCCACCACGAGCUGGACUCCAAGACGAUUGACCCUAAAGUUGCAUUUCCCCGACGAGCACAGCCCAAGAUGGUCACGAGAACAAAGAAAAUAUUUGUAGGUGGAUUAUCAGCUAACACAGUAGUGGAAGACGUAAAGCAAUACUUUGAACAGUUUGGCAAGGUGGAGGACGCCAUGCUUAUGUUUGACAAGACGACCAACAGGCAUAGAGGAUUUGGCUUCGUAACUUUUGAGAAUGAGGACGUGGUGGAAAAAGUCUGUGAGAUUCACUUCCACGAGAUCAAUAACAAAAUGGUAGAAUGUAAGAAAGCACAGCCUAAAGAAGUGAUGUUCCCACCAGGGACGCGAGGAAGGGCCCGUGGAUUACCCUAUACCAUGGACGCCUUUAUGCUAGGGAUGGGAAUGUUGGGUUACCCGAACUUCGUGGCGACGUACGGCCGAGGAUACCCAGGGUUCGCCCCAAGUUACAGCUAUCAGUUCCCAGACUAUUUGCCGAUUUCACAAGACAUAAUUUUUAUCAACUAGUUCUUAAAGAUGCAUAACAAAUUAAUCUGGGUUUACCACAGUGCUAAUGAGAGAGAGAGAGAGAGAGAGACUGAGAGAGAGAGAGAGACAAAGCCUGGGUGGUCCAUGGUUAAUAUCAAUGUCCACUGAGAACUUGCUGCUCUCGCUGCCUGGUUUGAUUGACUGGACUUUUGAUUUGAUUUUUUAUUAUUACUAUUAUUUUUUAAAGGCUCCAUAUCCUCACUGCUUUGAGUUUGCUUUCAAAUAUUUUUUUUUUCUUUUAAUUUAAUUUUUUUGUUGUUGUUGUUGUUGUUCCCCUCUGCUUUGUUAUGAAUUUUUGAUGCCCACUUGGAGCGUUGCUGGGCGAGGGCUGGGGUAAGGGUGUCAGCAAAGCAUGAUGGCUUCUCACAAACUUCUUACAAAGGGAGCCAAAAAAAUGAUGGUUGGGGUCUUGCAGGCAGCUUUUGGCUGUAGAGACACUGAGUAGCACAACUCAGAACUCGGGUGGAGUGAGACCAGCAGCUCCUGGUACCAGGCUCGUUAGCAGCGCAGGGGUUAAUUGCACGUCCACAAACGUGUCCCUGUAGCUGUGGGCGUAGCAGACCCACGCAGUUGCUCGUGUUCCCCACACGUGUUUCCUCCUGUUCUGUUCGUGGCUCUUUCUGGAGCUGCCAGAAUGAUGGCAAGGACCAUGGCUGGAAGCCACCAAAGAAAAGGCUCAGACAGUCCCUGCAGCUCCUGUCCCAGCUCCCACCACUAACCCCCGCUCGCCUGGCAGCCGCCGCACUCUCGCAUCCUCCGCGCAGCCGCAUCUACUGCCAGACUUUGCUUGCAAAUCUUGGGCCAAUAACUCCGAUUUUGGCACGAGGGCUGAGCUUUGCCCCGCUAGCUUCAGCUGCACCACACCUGCUAACCUGCACCCAAGCAGCAGAAGAGCUGCAGACCUCUGCGCUAGAGCCGCAAGCCUCUGCGCUAACGCCUUUGCCCGCGGGCACUGUUGGUAAGGAGCUCAGACGCUGGUCUGGGCAGCGCCCAGGCUCGGCGCGGAGAUUCUGGGGCUGUUGUUGGAGGGUUGGUCCCGCUUGGUAAGUUUGUGAGAAGCGCAGUGCAUGCUGCCAGGAGAACUGCCACGAUGCCUUUGGAUGGUUCUUGCUCCACUUGCUGGCAG